UGCGCAUGUGCGUUAUUGUCAGCUGGUGACCGAGGCAUCAUGGCGGCGUCCGCUCGAAGCGUGCAGUCUGCCUUGAAGAAGACGAUGGUUCCUCCUUUAGUUGUAGUUUUAGGUGCUACUGGAACUGGAAAGUCGAAGUUAGCAAUAGAAAUCGGUAAACGUAUGCAAGGGGAAAUAAUCAGCGCUGACUCCAUGCAGGUCUACCAGGGCCUGGACAUCAUCACCAAUAAGGUGACGACGGAGGAGCGCGCCCAGUGCACACAUCACAUGAUCGGCUUCGUGGACCCACUGGUCAGCAGCUACACCGUUGUUGACUUCAGGAACAAAGCCCUCCCCCUCAUCGAGGACCUGCACACCAGAAGCAAGCUGCCAAUCAUAGUGGGCGGGACCAACUAUUACAUCGAGUCGUUGCUGUGGAAAGUCCUGGUGGAUUACACGGAGUCGGCGAAAGCAGGAGAAGACCGGGCUGCGCUGAGGAAGGCGGAGCUGGAGAAUGGCGGGGCCGAGCUGCACAAGAGACUGAUGGAGGUGGACCCCAAGAUGGCCGCCAUGUUGCACCCCAACAACGCGCGCAAGAUCGCCAGGAGUCUGCAGGUGCACGAGGACACAGGCGUGGCCCACAGCCGCUGGCUGGAGGAGCAGCAAGGCCAGGAGGGGGCGGGCGGGCUGGGGGGGCCGCUGCGCUACCCCGACCCCUGCAUCUUCUGGCUGCACGCCGACAUGCAAGCUCUGGACGUGCGUCUGGACGCCCGCGUGGACGCCAUGCUGUCCGCGGGGCUCAUGGAGGAGCUCAGGGACUUCCACGAGCGCUACAACCAGCGCAGGCUCCAGGAGGCCAGUCAAGACUACCAGCACGGCAUCUUCCAGUCCAUUGGCUUUAAGGAGUUCCACCAGUACCUGACGGCCCCCGAGGACAGCGGCCAACGGGAGACCCUCCGAGACAAAGGUACCGAGGCGCUGAAGAACGCCACCAGGCGGUAUGCCCGGCAACAGAACAAAUGGGUCCGCAACCGCUUCCUCAAACGUCCAGGGGGCAGCGUGCCGGCGGUGUAUGGCCUGGAUGUGUCUGAUGUCUCCCGGUGGGAGGAGACUGUGCUGGAGCCUGCACUGCAGAUCCUCCACAGCCUCACUAAGGGUGAGAGUCCGGCCAUAGAGCCAAUCAGAGUGGAGGAGGCGGAGCUUACCAACAAGCGCAGCCGGCACACCUGUGAGCUGUGCGACAAAGUCAUCAUCGGUGACCUGGAGUGGACAGCCCAUUUGAAAUCCAAGAGGCACCACAGCCACGUGAGGAAGAGGAGGAAGGUGGAGGCCUGCCCAGAUGAGGGGCCCUCUCCAGGGACCCUCCAGGGGGCCCAGACCGCCCCGCUCAGCCUCCGUCCAGACGCCCUCGGGCCGAACUCCAGAGACGCCUCUCCUGAUUCAUCCUGAAUCCUGAGUCCCAGCCGCCGCGGGGCCCGGCGGUACCAGGGGGAGCCGGGGGCCCCCCCCGAGUACCAGGAGGGGGCCGGCACGCCAGACCUUUGGACCGCUGCACUGGUUGGAGGUUAACUCAUAAGCACUGACGCUAUCCCGUGGAAAUCAUUAACGGACACCAGCAAAUUCCUUUUCGAUGAAGCGGGACAGGUCCUGUCGGAAUUGACUGGAAUCUCCCACAGUCUGCCAAAUGUUUCCCGUCCAGUACAACACAGACGUCAUCCUCGUAUCUGAGGGAAGAAACGCAACUUUUGGACUGGACACCGGAACGAGGAAACAGCCGUUAUGGACGGGAGCUGGAUCCAGACGUUUAUUUUCACACUUGACUAACUUCUAUAUGGAAGACAGAGGUUUAUUGUUUUUUUAAUAAUCCGUCCUUACAGACGUGGCUCUUUUAAGGUCCGACGCUGUGUUGUGUGGGGGGGGGUUGGUCUCGUCUAUCGAGCGCAGUCAUUUGUGGCCACGGACAACUUUAUUGGGGGGGGGGGGGGGGGAUUAAACGAAAUGCAUCAAGAUGUUUUAUGUCUUUGUGUCGCUCCGAUGUCGGUAAUGUUCCGUCUCGUCUCGAACUCCGGGGGCCAUCUUGGCAGCGCGUCGCCGUCCUCAUGUCUCAUCAGGGAUGCUGCUCGCUCCUGAUUGGAGUUGUUAUCAUGUUGUCAUCAUCACGGUGUCGCUCUGACACGGUGUCGCUCGCUCGCUCACUGCCGUGGAGCGAGCGAACCGUAGAUCAUGUCGUUCGUUGGGGGGGUUGGCCGAAACCCAACGCGCCCUGAGUGAAUCCUGACAUCGGAAGUGUUCUCGUCUCGUACUGAGCCCUGGAGCGGACUGGGCAGCUCUGUACCCUGGUGCUUCACAAAGGGCUGCGACUUGCUCAUGAUUGUCGUCGUCGCUUAAUAAAUAUCUAAAGGAUAAAAACCCACAAAUAGAGUACCUGGUUUGGAAAGUGGUUCUACACACGAGUACACGCCCCGUCCCGGGUUUUGAAGUAGUUGUUGGCCUAGAUCGGCCCAUGCACUUGACGUAAGGU